CCCCCGGCCCCGUCUCGAUGGUCCCCGCGGGGGCCGCUCUGCUCCUCCGGCGCCGUCUCUGUGCUCCCGCGAUGGCGGCGCUGGCGGCGCUGGGACCCCCCCCGGUCGCCGCGAUCUUCGACACGAUGGAGGAGGGUCCGACCCCCGGCGGGGACCGGGCGGGGGAGGCGUGGCUGGAGUCCCACGGGCGCUGCCUCGGACACUUCGUGGGGGGGACGUGGCUGAAACCGCCGGGACGGGGGAGCCUCGAGAGCCGGGGGGGCCCCGACGGCCGUGCCGUGGCCUCGGUGCCGGACGGGGACGGCUCGGACGUGGCCGAGGCCGUGGGGGCGGCGGCGGCGGCGGCCGAGGAGUGGGGGCGGCUGGGGGGGCCCCGGCGGGGGCAGAGCCUGCACAGGCUGGCGCUGGCCCUGGAGGGGCCCCCCGGGGGGGCCCUGGGGUGGCUGCUGUCCCUUUUUGGGGGGCGGCCCCUGCGCCGGACCCUCGGGGCCGACCUGGACCUGGCGCUGCGGCUGCUGCGGGCGGCGGCGGGGGGGGCUCAGCUGGGCCCCCCCGGCCCGGAGGGUUGGACCCCCCUCGGGGUGGUGGCCGUGGUCGUGGCCGGGCCCUGCUCGGUGCCGGCGCUGCUCUGGAAAGUGGGGCCUGCCCUGGCCAUGGGGAACGCGGUGCUGGUGCUGUGCCCCCCCGAGGUGGCCCCCCCGCUGCUGUACCUGGCGGAGCUGAGCGGGGAGGGGGGGGCUCUGCCCCCCGGGGUCCUCAACGUGGUCACGGGCCCCCUCCCCGGGCUGUGCCGCGCCCUCCGCGCCCACCCCGACAUCGCCGCCGUCGCCUUCCUCGGCGCCCCACAGGAGCAGGUGCAGGGCCUGGUCUGGGGGUCCCCGUGCCGGGGGCCGCGGGUGGGGUGGGCCCGGGGGGGCCGCGUCGUCGUCGUGGUGCUGGACUCGGCCGACCUGGACGGCGCCGCCGCCGCCGUCGCGGGGGCCGCGGGGACCCCCCCGGCGCUGUUCCCCUGGGGGGGCUGCGUGGUGCUGGCCCAGGAGGGGGUCCUGGCGCCGCUGGAGCGGCGGCUCCGGGCCCGGCUCGGGGGGCUGCGGGUCGGAGACCCCCUGGAGCUCGGCACCGACGUGGGGCCGCUGCCCCCCACGGGCCCCCACCCCCGGGAGCUGGUGGAGGCGGCGCGCGAGGAGGGGGCUGAGGUUUUCCAGCCGCUGCCGCCGCCGCCGGGGGGUCGUUUCUACCCCCCCACCCUGAUCACGGGGGUCGCCCCCACCUCGCGCUGCCUGCGGGAGCCGGCCGCGGGGCCGGUGCUGGUGCUGCUCCCCGUGCGCUCCCCCGGCGAGGCCGCGGCCGUGGCCUCCUCCCUGCCCCUCACGGCCGCCGCCGCCGUCUGGGCCCAGGACGUCACCGCGGGCCUGGACACGGCCCAGAGGCUGCCCCAGGGGCUCGUGUGGCUCAACGAGCUGAACCUGCUGGACCCGAGCGGGGGCUGCGCCGCGGGGGCCGCGGAGACCACCCCGGAGGAGGCACUACGAGAGUUCGGACGCCCCCCUUGGGAAGAGCCCCCUGAGCUGGAAGAGCCGUUCAGCCCCAGCCCGGAGGAGGCCGUGCCGGACCCCGAGGACGCCGAGCUCGCCGGGGCCGUGGUGGCCGCUCGCGCUGCCGCCCUGGGGUGGGGGCGGCUGCCGGGGCUGUCGCGGGCCCGGGUGCUGCGGGGGGCGGCGGCGGCGCUGGGGGGGCCGGGCGGGACCCCCGGAGGCCACGACGGCGACGACGGUGACAAGGGGCGCCUGCAGGGGGCGCUGCUGCGCUGGGCGGCGCACGCGGAGCGGAUGGGCGGGGCCGUGCAGGAGGUGCCCGGGGGUCGGGCCCUGGUGCUGAGGAGGCCGCUGGGCGUGGUGGGCGUGGUCUGGUCCCGGCCCUACCCCUGGUUGCCGGAGCUCCUCCUCCCCGCGCUGGCGCUCGGCAACAGCGUCGUGCUGGUGGCCCCGCCCGGCGGUGCCGGGGCCGCUCUGCGCCUGCGCCAGGUCCUGGUGGCCGCGGGGCUGCCCGGGGGGGCCCUGGCGGUGCUGCCGUGGGGGUCCUGGGGGUCCCGGGAGUCCGGGGCCAGACUGGCCCGGCAGCACCCCGACGGGCUGUGGCUCUGCGGGGCAGACACGGACUGGCCCUCGGCCCUGAGCGUCCCCCGCGUGUGGGGGGUCCCGGGGGGGCUCCUGAGGGCUCCGGGGCAGGACCCCCCCCCCGGCGCCGCGCGGGAGCUGGAGCUGCGCUGCACCCGCCCCCAGUGCCUCUGGGUGCCGGGGGGGGCACCCUGAGCCCCCCCCAGAGCCCUCCCCAAAACCUCGGGUGGUCUCUGACCUCGCACUGUGACCCCCCCCCCAAUAAACCUUCUCCCGCCGCA